UGCUUUCUGCAACUGUCUCUCACUUUAACUACUACAGCAAGAAAAGUCAAUAAUGGUGCCCCUCUGAUUGUUUUUUUUUUUUUUUGGCAAUUAUUCCACUUACCCACUUCGUACGACGAGACGAAGACUCCAUUGACAAACGUCGCGUCACCUUCUUCAUAGUCUUCCCACUGAAAAUAUCUCUCCACUUUCUCUGUCUCCAGACAUUGCAGAGAGAGAAUCUGAAACCAUACAUUGAUUCUGAGUCUCUCUCUUCUGACAGCUUCGUCACGAUCAUGUCUCCUUCUCUUCUUGUUCUUGUUCUGUUUUGCUUCUCUUUUCCUCUCUGUUUCUCCAAGGACACGAUCACGUCCUCGACCCAGAUCAAAGAUUCUGAUUCGGAUUCCCUCGUCUCCAACGAUGGAACCUUCAGGUUCGGUUUCUUCAGCCCAGGUAAUUCCGCAAGUCGUUACGUCGGGAUCUGGUACGACAAGAUUCCUAAGCAAACUGUUGUUUGGGUGGCAAACAAGAACAUACCCGUCAACGACUCUUCCGGCGUUGUUUCCAUGUCCGAAGACGGGAAUUUGGUCGUCACGGAUGGUCGAAAACGCGUUCUCUGGUCCACGAACGUCACUGUUCCGGUUUCCGGUAAUGCCACUUGGGUUCAGCUCCAAGAUACAGGGAACCUUGUGCUGCAAGAUAACAGAAACAAUGGCGAGAUCUUGUGGGAGAGUUUCAAGCAUCCUUACGAUUCGUUCUUACCGAGAAUGACCCUCGGAACCGACGCGAAAACGAGAUCGAACAUAAAGCUCACAUCUUGGAAAAGCCCUUCUGACCCAUCCGUCGGAAUCUACACCGCAGGUGUCGAGCCUCUUACCUUUCCAGAGCUUCUCAUCUGGAAAAACGAGGUCCCCGUAUGGCGAAGCGGCCCGUGGAAUGGUCAAGUCUUCAUCGGUUUACCGGAUAUGGAGUCGCUGCUAUUUCUUGACGGGUUUAACCUAAACAACGAUAAUCAAGGAACUGUGACCAUGUCGUAUGCAAACAACUCCUUCAUGUACCAUUUCAACUUGGAUUCAGAAGGAAACAUCUUCCAGAAGGAUUGGAGCAAAGAUAAGCAAGAUUGGAGGAUCGGGGUAAAGUUUCCAUCCACGAACUGCGAUUCUUACAGUAAAUGCGGCCAGUUCGCGAGCUGCAGCAACAGAGAUAACCCACCUUGCAGAUGCGUUAAAGGAUUCGAGGCGAGAAACGCGACGGAGUGGAACAGCGGGAACUGGACCAAUGGAUGCAAGAGAAGGGUCCCGUUACAGUGCGAAGGACAAAACGACGGAAGCCGUCGUGGAGGCAAAGCGGAUAAGUUUCUGAAACUGCAGAAGAUGAAAGUGCCCAUCUCAGCACUUCGGUCCGAGGCCAACGAGCAAACCUGCCCCAAGAUUUGUCUGCAGAGCUGUUCUUGUACGGCUUACGCUUAUGACAGAGGAAUCGGCUGCAUGCUUUGGAAUGGAAGCUUACUUGACAUGCAAGCUUUCUUGGGCAGCGGCAUCGAUCUCAAUAUCCGUCUCGCAAAUUCAGAAUUCAAAAAACCGAACUAUCAACCAGUUAUAGUCGCUGUCUCUGUAAUUGGAGGUGUCUUUACUCUUGUCGUCUGCUUUCUCUUAGCAUGUCGGAAGAUCACUGCCAAGCCUAAAGCAGCGGAGAAAGACAGUGAUGCAAAGCUGCUGUUCGAGAGAAUGGAAGCACUUACAAGCGGUAACGUGAAUGCUAGAGCCAACCUUAUGAACCAAGCCAAGCUGAAAGAGUUACCUCUAUUCGAGUUUCAAGUAUUAGCUUCAGCUACUGACAAUUUCGCUAUCACGAAUAAGCUCGGGCAAGGAGGAUUCGGUCCUGUUUACAAGGGAAAGUUACCCGAGGGGCAGGAGAUCGCUGUGAAGAGACUCUCACGGGCAUCGGGGCAAGGACUGGAAGAACUCAUGAACGAGGUGGUCGUGAUUUCGAAGCUGCAACACCGGAAUCUGGUGAGAUUGCUUGGCUGCUGCAUCGAAGGAGAAGAAAGGAUGUUGGUUUAUGAGUUCAUGCCAAAGAAAAGCCUCGACUCUUACCUUUUCAAUAUGAAGAAGCAGAUGCUUCUUGAUUGGAAGACACGAUUCAGCAUAAUGGAAGGAAUUUGCAGAGGUCUCUUGUAUCUUCACAGAGAUUCCAGGCUGAGGAUCAUACACAGAGAUCUAAAGGCAAGUAAUAUCUUGUUAGACGAACAUAUGAACCCGAAAAUCUCGGAUUUCGGGCUUGCGAGGGUUUUCCGAGGUAACGAAGAUGAAGCCAACACCCGAAGAGUUGUCGGAACCUACGGAUACAUGUCACCCGAAUACGCAAUGGAAGGGCUGUUUUCAGAGAAAUCCGACGUUUUCAGCUUAGGGGUCAUACUGUUGGAGAUUAUCAGCGGGAGAAGAAACUCGAGCUUUCACAAAGACGAGAAAGCCUCGAACCUUUUAGCUCAUGCGUGGAAGUUGUGGAACGACGGAGAGGCAACCGCACUUGCGGAUCCCGAAAUCUACGAGGAGAGAUUCGAGAAGGAGAUACGGAGAUGCGUGCAGAUAGGACUUUUGUGCGUGCAAGAAGUUGCGAACGACAGGCCGAACGUCUCGACGGUGAUUUGGAUGCUCGGGAACGAGAACGCGGACCUCUCUGACCCGAAGCAGCCAGCGUUUAUAACGAGACGGGGAGCUUCAGAGGGUGAAUCCUCCGAGCAAAGUGACCAGAAAGCAUCCAUUAACAACGUAAGCCUGACUGCAGUCACAGGACGUUAAUAUAUAAUCCAUCCAUUGUGCAAAUGCAUGGCCAUGCAAUAUAAGAAUGUAUGCAUUGCAUUGUAUGUAUUCUUUGAAAAACACUUAAACUGAGGCCAGCGCAAGUUAUGUUUAUAUGGUAAAUGUCUUAAUGUGACAUAUAUAUAAAUCAAGGAUUCAAUGUUGAUGAAAUUAUGCAUAA